AGCGGCAACCAUAAUACGCAUGUGGACGUUUAUAACAUCAUCACAUUUCGAAUGAAUUUUUAAUAGAAUUAAAGACGUCACACCAUCAACUUUUAAUUUAAGUUAAUAAAUCUUUGAUUGUUUCAAACACUAGCACAUUUUGAACGGUUCCAAUUAAAUUAUUCUACUCAUUAAGACAUUAAAGUUAAUAUUUGUUUGGAAAUAGAUGCACGUGAAGAUAUGGAGAAAGAAUUGGUAAAACACAAUGAGGUAAAGUUACUGAAGAAUUCUGCGGAGAAGAAGCCGGAGAUCAAAGCUUAUACGAGGCGAUGGCUAAUUAUGUUUUUAUUUAUUUACUAUGCUUGCAUCAAUGCUAUACAGUGGAUUGAAUAUUCGAGUAUCACUCACAUUGUGGUUAAGUAUUAUAAUGUUAGCACGUUGGCUGUUGAUUGGACAUCCACUAUUUACAUGUCGCUAUAUCCUGUGCUAGUUAUUCCUGCGUCGUACAUUAUAGACAAAAAGGGAUUAAGGACAGCUGGAAUUAUAGGAUGUAUCGGAACUCUUAUUGGAACCAGUAUUAAAGUAUUUUCUAUUAGAAAUGAUCUAUUUAGUGUUGUUCUUCUAGGACAAUCAAUUGUAGCAGCGUCCCAAUUAGUGAUAAUCUGUUUACCACCAAAGCUGGCCGCUAUUUGGUUUAAGGCUAGUGAGGUAUCAACGGCAUGCUCCCUCGGAGUAUUUGGAACCCAAGUGGGGUGUGCAAUCGGUUAUAUUCUACCCCCGUUAAUAGUACAAGAUGGUGACGUCGAACAAAUUGGAUCCCAGUUGAAAAUCCUGUGUUGGUUACUAGCUGGAUCAAUGGUUCCAGUCACAAUUGUAGUAUUAGUAUACUUCCCAAACGAACCUCCACUACCCCCUAGUAAUGCACAAGCGCUUUUAAGACUGAACAAACAAGAAUUUGACACCAGUGUCUUCUUCAAAUCUAUAAAAAAAUUGUUUUUAAAUCGAGGAUUUGUUAUUCAUAUGGUAGCCUAUAGUAUAAAUAUCGCAGUCUUCUCUGCAGUGGGUACUUUGCUUAACCAAUUUAUUUUGCAAUUCUUUGAGGGAGAUUAUGAAAAUGCCGGUUGGAUGGGAUUUGUUAUGGUUAUUUCUGGAACAGUUGGAUCAAUUAUUUUUGGAAUUUUGCUAGAUAAAACGCACAAAUACAAGGAAAUAACUCUAUUUAUUUACUUUUGUUCAGCGUUAAGCAUCGGAUUUUUAAUGUUUACGUUAAAAUACCGACAAAAGUUGAUGACAUACUUUUCUUGUGCACUAGUAGGGAUAUUCACCAAUGCUUACAUGCCAGUUGGCUUUGAAUUGGCUAUAGAACUGACGUUCCCGUCCGAAGAAUGUACAACUUCCGGUAUACUGCUUGCUAGUACUCAAAUUCUGGGAGUAGUAGUUACGGUGGCAGUUGGAUAUCUCAAUCAAUAUUUUAGGGCGUUUUGGACAUUAAGUACCCAAAUGGUUCUGCUUCUUUUGGGCACAAUCGUUACUGCGUAUAUUCCUAAUAAUUUGUUAAGGCUAGAGGCUUCGAAGCAGACGAAUUUCCAGUUUUUGAAGAGGAAAGAAUCGCGCGGUUCUGGAUUACUGUUUGUUAAAUAAGUAUUGUUGUUUUAAUAAAUUAGAAAAAUGUUAUUUAAUAUAUAAUUAUUAUUGUUAUGUAGUUAUUUAUUAUAUAAUAAAUAAAUAUAACGUUGGUU